AUGGCAUCGUUAGCCGUGAUUUUGCUACUGCUACUGGGCUUUGACCAAAGCUGGGCCAAUAGAGGGUUGAAUGUGGAGAACAACUACAGGAACAUGAUGGUGCGUCUGGCCACCAGCAAGGUCACGCUCGGCAAUCUCCAAGUCCUUCGCGAAGGACGCGUGGAGGUGAGCUUUGACUUUGGCGCCACCUGGGGCACCAUUUGCAGCACUUCGUGGAGCAUGCGGGAGGCGAAUGUGGUGUGCAGGCAGCUAGGAUUGGGUUAUGCGUCGAAGGCCAGCCAGGGAACGGAGCACGGUGACAGCCGGAAGCAUCCGUGGGCCAUGGUGGGCACUCUAUGCCGGGGCACCGAGCGCCGACUGGCCGAGUGCGUAAGGGAAUCGCGUUACCCCAACCUCUGCAACGCCAGGAAUCAAAAUGUCAGCAUGGUGGCCUGCGUGAGCCACUCGGCUGAUCUGGAGGUCGGACUGGUGGACAUCGAGAGGACCGCCCGUCUGGAGGCAGUGCCCAUGUCGCGGCUCACCUGCGCCAUGGAGGAGCACUGUGUGUCCGCCGACGCAUAUGAGAUCAGGAGAACCAAUCCGCAUGCUGCCCGGAUUCUGCUGCGCUUCUCCGUGAAGGCCUUCAAUGUGGGCACGGCGGAUGUGAGUCCGUAUGCCAACUACAAGGACUGGGUGUGGCACCAGUGCCACCGGCAUUACCACAGCAUGAACGUGUUCGCCACCUUCGAUGUCUACGACCUGAAGUACAGAAAGGUGGCCCAGGGACACAAGGCCUCUUUCUGCCUCAUGGACUCGGAAUGCCGACCGGGGGUGCGGGCAAAGUAUACCUGCGGGAACACCACCCAGGGCAUAUCUGUGGGCUGCGCAGAUACCUACACGGAUGUACUGGACUGCCAGUGGGUGGAUGUGACCCGGGUGCCUGUCAACCAACGCUACAUUCUGCGAGUAGCUCUAAAUCCCGAGUACAAACUGGGAGAGAUGUCCUUCGAGAACAACGGAGCCGAGUGCCUCCUCGAUUACACGGGCGUCCACCAAACGACCAGAAUUUUCAAUUGUCGACGCAAGCCAUUGUGGUUUAAAAUAUGAUUUGGCUUAUUAAAGAUUUAUUGUAAGAUA